UUUCCAUUAAAAUGUCAAUUAUAGUAAGAAAAUAAUGUCGUUGUCGUCUUUUUAUUUGGUGUUUGAGAAGAUAUCAUGAUGAAAUAUCUUCAAACAUGCAUAAUUAAAUAGCACAAGUGUGAACGCAGGCGUAUAGCAUAUGUGAGGUGUACGCAUUAGGAAUAUUGUAAGAGCCAGAAGAGAGUUCAUAGGUUGUAAGAAAUGUUCUUGUAGUUGAACAUUAUGAAAUACCAACAAGUUCGAUCAAGGAGUUGGUCCAUCGAUCAGUUGCCCAUCUUCAAUUUGAAAUGAAUGAGUUAUUAAAAAAAAGCAUUGCUAUGAGCCUAUGACGUACAUAAAGGGCUGGGGUGGGGAUUGGGGAAAAGGGCGUACUGGCGGAGGAAGAUUGAUCCCUCUCCCUUUAAUUUUUUGGACGAAUUAAAAGAGAAAGGAAGGAAUUGGAUUUUGGACUUUUGGUUGCUUGGGUAUAGGAUUUGGGUUUGAAAAGCAGAAAAGAUUGGACCCAAAAUGAUGAGUGGGCUGGAAUUAUAAGAUAUUAAAUCUUUAUGCCAGGAGGAGGGCUGGGCCAGGGCCCAGUGUGGCCCUCCCCUGGAUCCGCCGCUGACUGUGACCACCUGUCUAUAUGCUGCAUAGUUCGGGCCAGGAUGUUAAUUUCUCAAACAAACGGUCAAACCACGCUCCAAGCCAAUUCUGUCUAUAUGCUGCAUAGUUCGGGCCAGGAUGUUAAUUUCUCAAACCACAAGUCAAAGUUUAUUACAUAGUCAUAGUUCAGGCCAUAAUAAGAUAUUAACCCUAUAGCCAAUGUACUCGGCUCACUAGGCCGAGUAUCAGACCCGGAUGGCUACCUAUGAUGCACGCCUUAACCGUAUGGAGACCCAGCAGGGGGUGACCCUUGCUCACAUCGAGCGCGAGCGGGCCCGAUUUUGGCGUAUGCAGGAGGUCCAGCAGCACCUGCUUCAGCUGAUACCUGGCGAGCAGCCAGUCUGGAGGACUCCCUGGGAGGACUCUCCCCUUCCACCCCCGGCCGCCGGAGAUGAUGCCUUCAUGAACGACAUCGACUUUGACAACCUUGGCGAUCAGUAGUCAGUACUCGUCGCCCCUCAGAGUGUGUUUUUGUUUAAGACUUUUCGUGUUUGCUCCAUGUUUGUGCGGAGCUUGAACUGAGUCUGUCGUUUUUUUUCUUGUGGAUUGUCUCUUUUGUGGCCAUCUGGGCUAACUCUGAUCCCUAACGCACAGUGAACUAAUGUGUUCUUUAUGUUCCCUUCGUGCAGAAUUGUUUCCUCGUUCCAUAUGUUUCCCACUGACUGGUCCACUUCCAGUCCCCCGUCAGUCUUUCCUUCCGGUAACAUCGUUCCCGUUAUCUCUCCCUCUCCUCCAUUGAGGGCAAUGUCGUUCUUAAGUGUGUGUGUGUGGGGGGGGUGCUUUGUAUAAGUUGAAAUCUAUAUAUGGGUGCUUGGAGCCUAGUUUGCUGUACAAAUCUCGAGAUUUAAGGGCUCCAAGUAUCAUUGUUUGCAUGAUCAUAUUGGCACUAUGAUUUGAUUGGUGAAUCUAAUGGUUUUCGAAUUAUUACAUGUCAGCUUGAUUGUAACUAGGAAAACCUAUGAUGAUGACUGAGACUUGCAGUAGAAUUGUGCAGGGGUUCAGUUUUUCAACUGUUUGCUUACCAACUGUGACUUGGAUUGAUCACUUGCUCUUGACAGUCGUUUAUGCAUCUAGUUCAGGGAAUCAAAAUGAGAGAUAGAGCAUAUAGGUAGCCACGUGAGAUUUGAGCCUGCUCGUUUCUUUCUUGUGCGAUAGUUCCCUCUUCCAUGAUGUGUAGCAUUCACGUUGUCACUAGCUAAGAUGAUGGAGGCAUAGGAUUAGCCCACGACCAAAUUGACUGUCCUGGUGUGUCAUACCCCCUAGUCAGCCCCUUUGAGCCAUGUGUUAUCCUUUCUUUCGGUCUACAAUGAAAAAUCACCCCUUUUGCAUCUCUUAGAAGGUUCCACAUAGUGGUUUUUACAUGUUCUCUGUUGUUUCAGCUAAAUAUAAUGAGAGGGUUGGAGGUAGUUCUUAAAAAGUUGGGCAUGUGUUUGAAAAAUGUGCAUAGGUGGUGGUUCUCUCAAGAAAUGAGAAAAAAAAUGAAUGAAAGCAAAAGAGAGCCACCACCACAAAUCUGAAUAGUGCCCGUUAAGUAGUGUUUCUUAGCAGUCUGGCUGAGAAAUACUAACAUUAUUGUAACCUCCUUCGCUCUUGUGCUCUUAAAAACUCGAGUAAUACAGAAUGACAGAAAGAAAGUAAGUUGUUUGAUUGACUGUGAUUGUGUUGGGUUUGGAAUUGUGGAACCUUGUGCUCAACUGACUACUUCCACCACCAAAAAGGCCUUUUCCCCAUGUCCAAGACCCUAGCUAGUCACUUGAACCUGUGUCUAAGACCCAUGGAUUAGUUAAUGGUGACAUUCCUUGUGUGAGCUCUAACAUUUAGAGGCUGCCAUCAUGGUGAAGAGAUGUUAGGAUUUGAGAGAAUAAGCAUGCGCAUUUUUCGCAUCAAAGUGUCUUGACCCCACUAGUCGAGAGUGAGCGAUUCAUUUCCUUAUUCUUUAUGCUCUUUACCCCGGUGAGGACCUAGAUGGCUCAGUCUUGAUCCUGAUGUCUUGAGUUUGAUACAUGCGAUGACUAUCUUGGUCAAGUGGUUGAGUCAAGUCUAUGUUGGUUGGUGAACAGAAAGGAUUCCUCUUCCUUUACCCGAGUUUGCUGCACUCGAAUGUCCUCUGUGGUGGUUGUCUAGGUUGCUAUUUAGUUUUCCAUAUCGCAAUGAUCAAAAGCCAGUAUGAUUCACGUGUUAUGUGCCUAUAUGAUUUGUCCCCAAUGUUGGUAUGAUUGAAAUAUUCUGAGCUUACCUCAUAUCUGACUUGGUUUGCUUGGGGACAAGCAAACGAUUAAGUGUGGGGGAAUUUGAUGACUUGAUAUAUACACAUGUUUUUGUCCACCAUUCUUGUACCGUUUGAGUCUUAUUUCUCGUGUUUUAGGCCGAUUUCACGCUAGGUUGUUCUUGUUUGUGAUAUUUCAGGCCCUAGUACGUUAAUGAAGGUUUGGGAACGAG